AUGGAUCAAGAUGGGAGAAUGAUUGAAAUUGGACUCGAAAAGAAGGUGGUCGAUGACGAUUGGGACGCAGUGAGCGUCAGCUCUACAGAGACGAUUGAAGUAGCCAACUGUUCGCAAAGGCUUCGAGGAUUUUUUCUUCGUCUACUGCUUUCAUUGCUUGUCAUCGGCGCUUGCGCUGGGGCAUUAGUUUGGUCAUUCGUGAAUGGAGAGGCAGGGAUCAACACCAUUCACCAGCGAAAUGCCUCGAAAAACUUCUCGAUCCUAGUCGACGAGUACUCCGUGAAAGAAGGCGUCUAUAGUGUAGUUUAUCGUACGCCAGACUCUAGCAACGGAGGUCUCCAAACUCCAUUAGUGUAUCCAUCGUUCUGGUACCAGGACAAUACAAAUCAACGUCUUGUUCAUCAGGUAAGCGAGGACACAACAAUUUACGCACUGCCCAAAUUUUCUUUCUGGGUUCGAUACGGAAAAAAUGGCAAUAUUUCGGAACAAACUCAUCAUCACAAAGAAGUGUUCGUGUACGAUGGCGAUCCGGACAACGUCAUUUUGGAAGGAUCGUCUCAAACAGCUUUUCUUCUUACUGCUUAUGCAGAUGCUGGAAGUGGAGCUCUCCUUGGAUGGGAUACAUUUUUUACAUCUGUGUCGUCUUCUGAUCUAUACCAGACGUCCUUGUAA